UAGUGUUCAGCCUUUUAGUGUUUUUUAAUUUUUCACCCUUGGGAACACUUCAACUUCCGUUUUUCCUCCACUUCAUCCGUUUCUUCCUUCAGCCUUUUUAGUGUUGUCCAAUCAUGAGCGACGCGAAACAGCGAAAUAACUUGGAUUGUUUUGUAAGGUAAUUGUCGGGGGCCUGCCUUGUCUUCAUCAAAGUGACACUUCGGUCUUCAUAUAAGUUAUAGUAUCAAAUCAGCGGUAUUUUUUCGUUUGCUUGUAAAAUGUAGUAAAAUAUGAUCAAUGGACGAAGUACAAAAUUUCACGGCAUCGGAUGCAUUGACGUUCAUGGAAGAAGUUUCGAGUGGGUUGAAAUCUUCCAGCGAUGUUCCGAUCGUUCUUGCAGGUGGUGGAACAUGCUAUGCAUUUUGCAGCUUAGAAAAUCCACGAAAGAAAGAUGACUGGAAAGCAGAUGGGUAUCGUUGGCGACAUACUGGCAAGGCCAAAAUUAAAAUUAAUAACACUGUAAUUCGCAAAACAUACUUCAGUGUAUUCUCAGCUCCAAAAAUUUAUACCUCUAAUUUUCGUCGAAUAUCUCACGAAUGUGAUGAAUAUCCUCACAUUGUUAUAGUCUAUUACAAAGGAGAUAGUUCAGUAGCUGGUAACUUUCCUCAUGGCAACAGGAGAUGUGGUUCAAAGCCGUUUAUCAGAACAUGUCCAUCUGUUUUGUUGUCAUGUAAAUAUGCAAAAGGCGAACCUUCAACGAUAUAUCACAGCAUGAUCAAAUCCACGUCUAAUGAGAAUGACUGUGCUAUCGGAACUCAAUUAUCUUUACCUAGAGAUAUUUUACAAGUUGCCAAUGUCAAAAAAUACAUGAGAAAAAAACGCAAGCUUACUCUUAGUGCAAUAAAAGAAUUACAAAAUGAAGAUGUGGAAAAAUUCAUCAUUGAUAUUUCAUGUCAAGUUGAUAGUUUAUGUGCUGUUGUGUAUCAAGAACAAAGGUGUCAAAAAAUUAAUUCACUUUUGUCCAGACUUCCAUUGUCGGAUGGAACAACAUUGACAUACUGUUUGUGUUCUCAUUUUAAAGACUAUAAUAUAAAUGUUCUUCUGUAUGAACACCAGGAUUCAAUUAUAAUUCAGCUUUUGUUUUUCAUACAUCAUUCAAAAUCUACAAUUAAUUUGGAAUCGAUAUGGGAAAUUGCAAAUAAGAAAAUCCCAAAAUUGUCAUUACAGAAUAUUAUAUUGGAAAAGAAUGAUGAGCACUUGUGGAUGACUACACAGAAGACAAAUUUUGACUUUUCCCCUUUUAUAUCUGUUAUAGAAAAAUUAAAAAUGUGGGAUGAUAAUCCAUGUAAUGCAAUUGAUGACCUGCAAUGUACUGCAAAGCAUCUUCACAAUCUUUCAUUAUAUUAUCGUUCUUCAGCAAAAAAUUUACAUUUAAAAAUGAACAAGCAUGGGAAAUAUCGAAUCAAUGAUAAGUUUACUGGAUUAUUAGACUUGAUGCAAGAUGAUGUUCUUCUUUGUUGUACUCCAACCUUUGAAGAAGCUACGGCAUGCUAUCAAAAAGCUUUUUCGACGAAUCGUAACGCAGAUAAACUGAACCACAAUCCACUUGAGCUCGCCCGAAAUAUCAUUGACAGAAAUGGAAUAGAAUUUAAAUCCACUACUGGUAUAUUUUUAAUUACUGACAAAAUUUCAGUAUGGACUGUAAAAUUAUUUCCAGUUGAGACAUGUCACUGUAAUUUUCCAUCUCCAUGUCAUCAUAUCAUUGCUGCUAAAUAUUCAAUUGGAAUUCCUUUUCCUAAACCUACUUUGAUGAAACAAAGUCAGUUUAAACGCAGAAAGUUAUCUCAUGAUUUUCAACCUAAUGGAAAAAUAAUUGUUGAAAUAUUUGAAUCAGAAAAUGAUGACACAGGGAAAGAUGAUGAAAGUGUUUUAAUUGAAAAGGCCCCAUGCUAUUAGAGUUGAUAAUUGUUACGAGUACAAAUGUCCGAACAAGCCUAAGUUUGAAUGAAAUAAAAAUGAACUACCAUAUUUUACCGACUAUAAGGCACACUUCAAAUAAUUUUUUCUUCUCAAAAUAACCAUGAAAAAAUUGUUGUUUUCUUGUUUAAUGAGCUUUGCACAAUCUAAGCAAUUUAUUGUCUGGUAUUUGAAAGUUUUUUCAAGCUUUAUCUAAUCAAAAUCGCUGUUUCCUGUAAGAUUUUCAAUCUAAUCUACUGAUGUUUUUCUUCUAAAUUAACUCAUUCAAGCCUUUUUCAACUCCCUACUUUUAAUCAUUUUCCACCCUAUUACAUUAAAUACUGACGUUGGUUAUAGAGUAUUUUGGAAUACUGAUGCAACUGAAUAUAGACAUAUCUCAUGUACUAUAUUGUUUCAAUUAAAAUUCUCUAUUAACAAGCUUUUAUACAAUAAUUAAAUACAGAAUGAAUCGUC